GUUCCCUAAACCCUCGCAACAGCAGCGGAGGCUGCCUCUGCCGCCGAUGUGGAACGGCGUCCCGCCGCCGCCGCGACGCCGAUGUGGAACGGCGUCCCGCCGCCGCUCCCCCCGCCCGGCCGCCGCGACGCCGCAGGCCGGCCAGCCGCUCACCCCGGCGGAGCUCGAGGCGCAGGUGGUCGAGAAAGCCCGCAAGUGGCACCAGCUCAACUCGAAGUGCUACGGCGACAAGCGCACGUUCGGCUUCGUCCGCAAAAUCAUCAGGUAUGAACCUCCAGAUCCGCGCCGUCUCGGGAUGUUUCAGGUUUCCUCUGCUGCUUGCGGCUAGGUUUUGGCUCCUUUGGUGCUCAUGUCGGGCUGUGAUGCUUAA